CGUCUCUUUGGCUGGCUCCGGCCGGGCUGGGCAGUUGUCAUAGCGCCGCCGCCGCGCGGGGCGGAGGGGGAGGUUCGGUGCAGCCGCCCGCGCCGUCCCCUUCCCCUGCCCCUUCCCCUCCCCCUCGCCGGAGGGGCGGGCCCGGACGGGCGAUACCGGAGACACCCCCUCCCGGAGCGAGGGCAGAGCAGUUACUAUGUGGGCAACCUGUUGUAACUGGUUUUGUCUGGAUGGACAACCUGAGGAGAUGCAGCAGCGGCCGCAGCAGGGUGCCAGACCCCAGGCAUAUGCCAACCCAGGUUACAGCUCCUACCCUUCUCCUACAGGUUCUGAACAGAACUGCAAGGCGUGUGGGGUGCACUUUGAAAAUUCCUCCAGGAAGCACAUCUGCUUUGACUGUAAAAAGAAUUUUUGCACUUCCUGUUCAAGCCAGCCUGAAAGCAGUCCCCUUCUCUGCCAUCUCUGUCAGCGAUUCCAAGCCACAGCCUUUCAGCGGGAGGAGUUGAUAAAGAUGAAAGUGAAGGAUCUACGAGACUAUCUGGCACUACACGAGGUUUCCACAGAGUUGUGCCGUGAAAAGGAAGACCUGGUGUUUCUGAUUCUUGGGCAGCAGCCUGUAAUCACCCAGGAGGAUAGAAUACGAAUCCCGCCAUUAAACCCUGGCACAUCUGGACAGCAAAGCUUUGUUAUUCUGCCACAGACCAGCACAGCAUCUUCUACCUCACACGAUGCCUCUCCAAUAUCUGCAGACUCCAUCUUGAGUCCAAUAACUCAGGAACAUCAACAGGCAAAUGGGCAUGUGCCUCCAAGCCCAGACGAUAUGACAGAAAUUGAGAAUGCAGCAGAAGCACCAACAGAGGAGGAGACACAGUCUGUUGACUCAGAGGAUAACCUGGUACAGGGGCGGAGGGCCUCUCUUUCUGACCUCACGAGUGUUGGAGACAUUGAUGCGCUCUCGGUGCGACAGCUGAAGGAAAUCCUGGCUCGCAACUUUGUCAACUAUAAAGGCUGCUGUGAGAAGUGGGAGCUGAUGGAGAGGGUGACCCGUCUUUAUAAAGAGAAAGACCUUCAGCAUCUGGUUUCUGACACGGAUGAUCAAAAUGUUUCCUCAGGCAGUGCUGGGCUCCCUAGCACUGAAGAGAAUCUCUGCAAAAUCUGCAUGGACUCACCAAUCGACUGUGUCCUGUUAGAAUGUGGCCACAUGGUCACCUGCACCAAGUGUGGAAAGCGUAUGAGUGAGUGUCCCAUAUGCAGGCAGUAUGUGAUCAGAGCUGUCCAUGUAUUUAAGUCCUGAGUGAGCAGGAGGAAGACCAGUGUUGCCUUAAAGCCUCAUUUGCUGUUAGAGAUGGUCAGAAUCUCUUCAGGUAGGUCAGAGACUGGCACGUAGGACCUCACAAGAAACCCGAAGUUCAUAGGUGAGAUGAGUAAAGGAGAAAGCUUGGGGAACUGUUCUGAUUGGAGCCAUUGAUGGCUGUGCCCUUCACACCACAGUGCUUUACCCUGCAGUGCCUAGACUCCGGGAGCCCGCUGUCAGCAGCAGACACAGAAAUAAUUAACAGCUUGCAUUCUGGGCUAGCUUGAUCAACUGCUGAUGGGGGGCAAAUCAUCACUCGGCUUUCCAAAACUAACACCAGAUUCUGAGGCGUAUUUCCUCCACAAUAAUAAAUAAGGUGGACUGCGGUUUUGGCACGACCUUUUCUUUUGUUUUGCUGCUACUGAAUUCUCCCCUUCUGGUUCCCUCUUUAAUUUGCUCUGUUCCAGGCCACACCUCCACUGCUGCUUUUAUUUUCAGGGAACAAAAUCUUAUUGGGCUGGUUCCCUCUCCCUAUGCUUUUUUUUGUUUUUUGGAAUGUGUAACUUUAUUUUUAUCUCUAGUUCCUUAUGCUUGCAGGCCAGGCUGAACUUUUCUCCUCUGUUACUUUAGCUUUUUCAUAUUCAGAAUUAAUUUCUAAGCCUAGCCCUGUAAGGUCAUGGUGAAACAUUCACUAUUGCUACACAUUAAUAUGAAAAGGAAGCAGGACUUCAUACUGUUAAAGAUACAUUCUUUUUCUUUGAAAGAUAAGAGGCAGUGAAGUGGCUUAGGACAUAGAGCCUCCGCUUGACGCUUACCCAGCAUAGGCAGUGUUUAUCUCCCUCCCUCCUACAACUUGCUGUUCCUUGGGUUAUUCUUUGUUAUAACGUCACAGGAUGGUGUGUCGCCUGCUGGGUACGCAAGCAAUCCCCGUAGAACUGAACUGGCUGUAAAGUCAACCUCCUCCGGUGACUAACACGUUGGGACCCUGAGGCACUUAGUCCCUUACAAUGCAUUGCUUUGCUUGAACGCUAGUGGGAAAAACACUAUGGCCGUAGUAGUGUGAUUUUUUUUUUUGGUCUAGCGCUGCCUACGCUCCUAAAAAGGAGUGGUGAGACAUUUCAAUUGUGAAGCCCUGAGUGGUGUAUUCUUAUAAUGACCUCCUAAGGCCUAGAGAUGAAGCUGUCAAAAAGAGAGAGAGACUGAAGUUUGGAUGACUUUUUCCACUGUGAAUCUCUACAGCUGGGUGGUGUAUUUUCAGUCUCAUUUCUUGCUGUCUGCUGAUUUGUCUUAUGAUUUGAGGAAGAUUGUGAUGAUCAGUCCCCAGCCUUCCUUUUUCCGCCUGUUUACCAAUUCACCGUUCCACAGUCCUGCUGUGUUGCCAAAUAUGCAAAGACUGUUUGCUGAAGAGCACAAGAUAACUUUUCCAUUUUCCUUUUAUGGGGAUGAGGCUAUAGAUUCACCCUUACAAAGAAUUCUACAAGGUAGACAGGG